GGAGGGCACGGGGGGCUGUGUCAGCAGCCUUCACGUUCUUACAAGUGCACUCUUCGCGAUUAGUGUACUGAACAGUGUUUCUAACAUCUUCUCGUAAAAGGAGAAAGCUUCACAGCCUCAACCAUGAAGGAAAGCAGUCGCAGAGGGCAUGGAGCUGGAGAACCAUGAACAGCACGUGGUGCUGAGAGAGGACAACCGCCGCAGGCGCCGGAGGAUGAAGCCACGCAGCGCGGCGGCCAGCCUGUCCUCCAUGGAGCUCAUCCCCAUUGAGUUUGUGCUGCCCACCAGCCAGCGCAACACCAAGGCCCCCGAAACGGCGCUGCUGCACGUGGCUGGCCACGGCAACGUGGAGCAGAUGAAGGCCCAGGUGUGGCUGCGCGCACUGGAGACCAGCGUGGCCGCCGACUUCUACCACCGGCUCAGCCCCGACCACUUCCUCCUGCUCUACCAGAAGAAGGGGCAGUGGUACGAGAUCUACGACAAGUACCAGGUGGUGCAGACCCUGGACUGCCUGCGCUACUGGAAGGUGCUGCACCGGAGCCCCGGGCAGAUCCACGUGGUGCAGAGGCUCGCGCCCUCGGAGGAGACGCUGGCCUUCCAGCACCAGCUCACGGCCCUCAUUGGCUACGACGUCACCGACGUCAGCAACGUGCACGACGACGAGCUGGAGUUCACACGCCGCCGCCUGGUGAGCCCGCGCAUGGCUGAGGUGGCCGGCCGCGACACCAAGCUCUACGCCAUGCACCCCUGGGUGACGUCCAAGCCCCUCCCCGAGUACCUGCUGAAGAAGAUCACCAACAACUACAUCUUCAUUGUCAUUCAUCGCAGCACCACCAGCCAGACCAUCAAGGUCUCAGCCGAUGACACCCCGGGCACCAUCCUCCAGAGCUUCUUUACCAAGAUGGCCAAGAAGAAGUCCCUGAUGGAUAUCCCUGAAAGCCAGAACGAACAGGACUUUGUGCUGCGUGUCUGUGGCCGGGAUGAGUACCUGGUGGGUGAGACGCCCAUCAGAAACUUCCAGUGGGUGAGGCAGUGCCUCAAGAACGGGGAAGAGAUUCACCUGGUGCUUGACACUCCGCCGGACCCAGCCCUGGACGAGGUGAGGAAGGAAGAGUGGCCGCUGGUGGACGACUGCACGGGAGUCACCGGCUACCAUGAGCAGCUGACCAUCCACGGGAAGGACCACGAGAGCGUGUUCACCGUGUCCCUGUGGGACUGUGACCGCAAGUUCAGGGUAAAAAUCAGAGGCAUUGAUAUCCCCGUCCUGCCCCGGAACGCGGACCUCACGGUUUUUGUGGAGGCAAACAUCCAGUAUGGGCAGCAAGUCCUUUGCCAAAGGAGAACCAGCCCCAAACCCUUCACGGAGGAGGUGCUGUGGAAUGUGUGGCUUGAGUUCAGUAUCAAGAUCAAAGACUUACCCAAAGGGGCUCUGCUGAACCUCCAGAUCUACUGCGGCAAAGCUCCAGCUCUGUCUGGUAAGGCCUCUGCGGAGACUCCCAGUCCCGAGUCCAGAGGCAAAGCUCAGCUUCUGUAUUACGUGAACCUGCUGCUCAUAGACCACCGGUUCCUCCUGCGCCACGGGGAGUACGUGCUCCACAUGUGGCAGCUAUCCGGGAAGGCGGAAGACCAUGGCAGCAUCAAUGCUGACAAGCUCACGUCUGCCACCAACCCGGACAAGGAGAACUCAAUGUCCAUCUCCAUUCUUCUGGACAAUUACUGUCACCCCAUAGCCUUGCCUAAGCAUCGGCCCACCCCUGACCCGGAAGGGGACCGGGUUCGAGCAGAAAUGCCCAAUCAGCUUCGGAAGCAACUAGAGGCGAUCAUAGCCACUGAUCCCCUUAACCCUCUCACAGCCGAAGACAAAGAGUUGCUCUGGCAUUUCAGAUAUGAAAGUCUGAAGGAUCCCAAAGCGUAUCCUAAGCUCUUUAGCUCAGUGAAAUGGGGACAGCAAGAAAUUGUGGCCAAAACAUAUCAACUGUUAGCCAGAAGGGAGGUCUGGGAUCAAAGUGCUUUGGAUGUUGGAUUAACAAUGCAACUCCUGGACUGCAACUUUUCGGAUGAAAACGUAAGAGCCAUUGCAGUUCAGAAACUGGAGAGCUUGGAAGACGAUGACGUGCUACAUUACCUGCUGCAGCUGGUCCAGGCUGUGAAAUUUGAACCAUACCAUGACAGUGCCCUUGCCAGAUUUCUGCUGAAGCGUGGUUUAAGAAACAAACGAAUUGGUCACUUCUUAUUUUGGUUCUUGAGAAGUGAGAUCGCCCAGUCCAGACACUAUCAGCAGAGGUUUGCAGUGAUCCUGGAAGCCUAUCUGAGGGGCUGCGGCACGGCCAUGCUACACGACUUCACCCAGCAAGUCCAAGUAAUUGACAUGUUACAAAAGGUCACCAUGGAUAUUAAAUCGCUCUCUGCAGAAAAGUAUGACGUCAGUUCCCAAGUUAUUUCCCAACUUAAGCAAAAGCUUGAAAUCCUACAGAAUUUGAAUCUCCCCCAAAGCUUCAGAGUUCCAUAUGACCCUGGACUGAAAGCAGGAGCCCUGGUGAUUGAAAAAUGUAAAGUGAUGGCCUCCAAGAAAAAGCCCCUGUGGCUUGAGUUUAAAUGUGCCGACCCUACAGCUCUGUCAAAUGAAACAAUUGGAAUUAUCUUUAAACACGGCGACGAUCUGCGCCAGGACAUGCUGAUUUUACAGAUUCUACGAAUCAUGGAGUCCAUUUGGGAGACUGAAUCUUUGGAUCUGUGCCUCCUGCCAUAUGGUUGCAUUUCAACUGGCGACAAAAUAGGAAUGAUCGAGAUCGUGAAAGACGCCACGACGAUCGCCAAGAUUCAGCAAAGCACAGUGGGCAACACGGGCGCCUUUAAAGAUGAAGUGCUGAAUCACUGGCUCAAAGAGAAAUGCCCUAUUGAAGAAAAGUUUCAGGCAGCGGUGGAGAGAUUCGUUUAUUCCUGUGCUGGCUACUGUGUGGCAACCUUUGUUCUUGGAAUAGGUGACAGACACAAUGACAAUAUUAUGAUCUCAGAGACAGGAAAUCUGUUUCAUAUCGACUUUGGGCACAUUCUUGGGAAUUACAAAAGUUUCCUGGGCAUUAAUAAAGAGAGAGUACCAUUUGUGCUAACUCCAGACUUCCUGUUUGUGAUGGGGACUUCUGGAAAGAAGACGAGUCGACACUUCCAGAAAUUUCAGGAUGUCUGCGUCAAGGCUUACCUAGCCCUUCGUCAUCACACAAACCUACUGAUCAUCCUCUUCUCCAUGAUGUUGAUGACAGGAAUGCCCCAGUUAACCAGCAAAGAAGAUAUCGAAUACAUUCGGGACGCCCUGACAGUGGGGAAGAGCGAGGAGGAUGCUAAAAAGUAUUUUCUAGAUCAGAUUGAAGUUUGCAGAGACAAAGGAUGGACUGUGCAGUUUAACUGGUUCCUACAUCUUGUUCUUGGCAUCAAACAAGGGGAGAAACAUUCUGCCUAAUACUUUGGGCUAGAAUUUAAAAGCUUUAGAUCUGUACGGCGGUCAUCAAACUUGAUUUAAAAUGUCCUAGGACAUUAUGAAAGCUGCCACUUGAGAAAUAUAGCUCUUUCUCCAGCUGAACUCUUCACUGGAGAAAAAUAUUGGCACGUCUGAUUGUUUAGGUGAUGUUCAAUUUCAGCCUUAUUUGCAGGUUUGUUUUUUUCUCAUUUGUCUCCAUGAUGUUGGAGAACAUUCUAAGUUUAAACAGCCUAAUUCCUCCCUCAUUGUGGCUGAUGUUUUGACUAUCAUACUGUUGAGUACUUCUGGAAAUUCUUUAGAGUAAUUGGUAACAUCUCUUUUCAUCUGGGCUUCUUCUCAAUUUGGGUUAUCCUUGUGUUUCUCAAACUCUUUUCAGAAGAAAAAAAUAUGAUCAUUGUAACCUUUGUCUCAUUCCGUAAAUGACACUUCCGAACAGCCCCUCCAUGGCUGCAGAUGUUAGUGAUAUGCUAAAAGUAAGCAAAGCAAGCUAGUCUUUUCAGGGUCUUUUGUAGUUAGGUUCUCUUACCACUGAGACUCACAAACACAAAAUGGAACAUCUGAACCUUUGUGCCCUGGCCCUUCUCCGCUGGUCUGGUUCCAGGGUUAAGAAGAGCAAAAUUUGUCUCAACUCUGCCCACAGAGCAAACUUUCAAGUGCAAUUAUGAUAGCCUGCUCAGCACAGAAACAGGAAAUAACUAAAGGGACUCAUUUGGGGCCUUUAUAUUUCCCCCCCACACUGCCUCUCUUCUUCUUCACUUUCCACAUUCUCACAGCUCUUUAUGCAGAGUUGUGAAACCUUCAAGAAUACCUUUACCCUAGAACUCAAAAUUAGUUGAAAAGAAUUUCUCCUCUAGGGAUACUAGAAUUUUAGGUACUUAUUUGUAAAGAUGUUUGCUGGAGUUUUUAAAAAGUACAUUAUUAAAGGAGACAUUCCUGAAAUUAUGGAUGUUUCCAAAUGCCUUCAUUUCAAAUUUUGGUCUCAGCAGUUUUUUCUUUCUUUUUUAAUGGAAGAAGAUAUUUAAUACCUAAAACAGUUCUCCAAGUUAGGAAGAACACUACUUGCCCUAAGCAUCUUGCAGUUUAAAGGACUUUUACACUCCAACACAUUCUUCACAUUUUCUAAAAGUAAUUCAAAUGUCUUCUUUAAAAUCUAUUUUCAUCUCUUAAAUAUUUUCUAUUUAUUCGAAGUGUUAACAGAGAAAGAUCAUUAAAUUAUUUAUAAAAUAUCUUAAAAUGACCUAUAGUUAAUACUUGACCUAGAAAUAACUCUGUUAAUGGUGUCUAUGUUUUAAGUUUAAUGAGAUAUAAAUAUAUAUUUAAUUUUUAAGUUUUCUAAAUAGAUACCUGUUGGACUUUGGUGUAGCCCAAACCUUUCGAGUAUGCAAAAGCCCAGUGGUUCUUAACUCUGGCUGCAAAUCAGAAUUACCAGGGUUACUUUAAAAAUGUACCCUGCCUGAGCACCCACCUCAGCUUGUAAUCCAUUAGUUUGGGAUGAGGCCCAGACAUCAGUGUUCGCCUAAGUACUCCAGGUGAUUCUAAUAUGCAAGCAGGGUUCAAAAGCCCUGCACGACCCUUGAAGGUGCAGGUGACACUGCUUCCUUUUCUACUGAUCCUUUUCCCAGCUCCUAAGGUAUCCAGAAAAAGCUCCUCUUCCUUGACAACUCAUCCUUUUAAAAUUACACUUAUCACUCUGUACAGAGGACCAUGCCUGUAAUGAAAUAUUUAUUCCUCUGUGUUAAUGGAGAAUAGACAUUUUGUAGCAUUUUUAAACCAACUAUUCCCCACCAUUCUUUUUUUUUUUUUUUUUUUUUUUUUGCGGUACGCGGGCCUCUCACUGUUGUGGCCUCUCCCGUUGCGGAGCACAGGCUCCGGACGCGCAGGCUCAGCGGCCAUGGCUCACGGGCCCAGUCGCUCCGCGGCAUGUGGGGUCUUCCCGGACCGGGGCACGAACCCGUGUCCCCUGCAUCGGCAGGCGGACUCCCAACCACUGUGCCACCAGGGAAGCCCCCCACCAUUCUUUUGAAGAACAAAAAGAAUGAUGCUUUCUCAUUCAGAAGAGGAUGUUUCUUUGUUCUUAUAUAGCACAGUCAAGCUCAGACCUUGCACGAAUUCCACUUUUUAUUUGAAUUGCUCAAGAAAUCAUCUUAAUGACAGAAGAAUGACAGAGGAUUGUAUUUAUAUUUAACCUAUUGGUGCAUGUGUGUACAAAUUUGCUCUUCCAAAGAACAAGUUCUUUUGUUACGCUGUUUUGUAUAUAUAUGUGUCACAUUGGGGUUGAUUGUUCCAUAUUCCAGUGAAGGUACAAUUUUAACUCUGUAGACAUACAAAUAAACAAAAAUCACCUUUGUGUGCUUCCCCCAUCAUCCCCAAUGACCCACAACUUCUGUAUCUUUGAAAAUGUGGUAGAACCUGGGUCAUCUUGCUAUUGGGAGGAGAUGUUGGGGAACUGCGCCUACUCUAUCUUCAGUGCCAGAUGAAAACAGAGAUCACAAGUCAGAUGGUUCAGGUCAAAGCAGCUUAUAUGUGUAUCCAGGAUGGGUUACAUAAUUUGCAAACCCAGGGCAAAAUGAAAACACACGGGCCGUGGUUCACAAAUCAUUACAAAAUUCAAGACAGCAACAGCAGAGCACUAAACCUUCUGAGCGUGCGUCACUACCCAGCUCACAAGCCCAUGGAGCUGACACUGGGCACGUGUGAACAAUGGCUUUGGUGCUCAGCUUACAUUUAGACCACACCUGUGUGAGUGCAGGUUAACGUUCCAGAUCAAAAUGUUGCUUCUGCUCUAAUUGAAAUACCUCAUCUCUACGGCUGUACGUGAAGUCCUAAAACACAGGCCCAUGGCUUUGGAACUGGAACUAUGGCCACUAAAGGAAAGCAAAGGGGAUACUGUAGCCCUAGUCCCACAUGACUGUGUUUGACUGGCUUUGGUGAUUCUUCGGUGAGAGUAGGGGGAAGUGGAAACUGCAAUAAAAUAUAUCAACUCCUAGAGCAAACUCUUAAUUUUAAAAAAUUAACUUUGUUAAAUAUAUCAUUUACAAGAGUCGAAUUAUUUUUUAAAGAAAGGUUAGAUGUCGGAAUUCUGUACAAUUUGGAGGCUGUUAGUGCUAUAUAAAUGGAAAUUAGUUAUUUUUGGAAAUGAGUCUGAAAUAUAAUUUAGAAAGUAAGUUUCUGCAGCAAAUCCUGGCCUUUAUGUGGUAAGUGAGGCUCUCUUUGACUUGUGAGAUAAAUUGUCAAGUAUAUUUUACUAUGUAAAGAAAAAAGAAAUUUGGAUUUUUAAAGUUUCUGCUGUAUUAUUUUCUGUUUAAUCCAACCGAAUAAUUCCGGUCAUGAAAUCUGGUUCUAGUCUGGGUGCUUGUCUGCAUUUGCCAAAAACUCAUCUUCAGGACAGAUGCUGGGGAACUAAAGCACACACCUUAGCUUAAGUGAGCCCAGAGAGCUAGCCACUCCCUCUUCCGGACAGUCUCAUCCUCCCCACUUGCAUUUAUAUUUUCAUUGCAAAUUGUUAAAUGUAAAUUUAAAUAAAAGAAGGAAUCUGA